UGUGUUUGGGGGGCGCGAAGCUAUGGCCGGCUUCGUCGUCGAGUAUGCGAAAUCCGGUAGGUCGGCGUGCAAGCACUGCAAGCUCGAGCUCGCCAAGGGCGAGGUGAGAAUCGGCAUUGUGAGCAAGGGCGCCGGAUUCGCCAUGACCAAAUGGCAUCACUCCAAAUGCGUUUUGGAGCUCCAAGCUCCUGUCGCGGACGUUCUCAAGGCCAAAGGCUUCGCUGCAUUGAAAGCUUCGGAUCAAACUAUUUUGAAGGAGUUGCUACAGCGAGAAGCCGUGGAAGUGAGCCGUAAAAAGAUUUGUCUCGAGAAGAAAGCUGUCGUGCCGAAGGAAACUCGACAGCUUUGGCAUGCAAAGCUGUCCAGCUUUGAGCCAUCUCAGUUCUCUACAUGCUACAAGGAUUCAUCUCUGCCCAUGGGGUGGAAGUCAUUUUCCUCCAUAAUCGUGAACACUCCAGAUGAUAGUGGAACUUUGUCAGAGAAGGUUGCAGCUUUCGACUUUGACGGUUGCCUUGUGAACACUGACGUGAAAAGAGUGGGUGCUCAAGCAUGGUCCCUACUAUACACUUCUAUACCGCAAAAGCUACAAGCCUGCCACGAAGACGGGUAUAAACUGGUGGUGUUUACAAACGAGUCCAACAUCGAUAGGUGGACAAAGAGCCGGCAGAAGGCCAUCGAUUCGAAGCUGGGAAGGCUGAACGCCUUCAUGGAUCUUGUCAAGGUUCCGAUACAGGUGGUCAUUUCGUGUGGCUUGGACGGUGACCCGUGUAGAAAGCCUGCGCCUGGCAUGUGGGAGUUUAUGGAGCGGCACUUGAACGGCGACAUCGCCAUAGACAGGAGUAUGUCUUUCUAUGUUGGUGACGCGGCUGGAAGAGCAGGAGAUCACAGUGAUGCUGACAUUGGAUUUGCAAAGGCAGUCGGGCUCAAGUUUUUCGUACCCGAAGAUUAUUUCGACGUAAAGCAAAAAACAUCUUUGAUCGAUUGAGUGAAAGGAUUGUUCCAGUUACCUUGUCACAAGCUUUCGUAACGGUCAUUGGACUUCAAUCGCUUCGGUCGUACAUUUCUAGGUUA